GUGUUUUGUACAAGUGUUUUGUCCCCUGUCUAAAAAUAAUUCAAAUUUCCUGCUAGGCCAGCUAGAGUUAGAGAGCAGCCAGUGUAGCCACCCACCCUGUCUGCUUUAGUAAUUAUAUACAGCGUAAUACAAGCAGCAGAGUUAAAGAUCUCCAAAUAAAAGAACUGAGGGAAGAGUUUGGAAAUCACAAGCUUGAGCUCCUGGUGAAGAAGAGUUUAUUUGUAUAGAAUUUGGAUUGUGCGACUGUUUUCUGCAGCAUAACUUUGACUAAGCUAUUGAACAAGACAGGUUUCAUCAGUUAUUGCAGCUUUAUCAAAGGAGGAGCCCAGAGCAUUGCACAGGCUUAAAAAGCACAAAGACUGCCUAUGGAAUUAUUUGGUCAAAUAGAGAAGACAUGGCUGGAAACCACAAGUUGUACGCAGAUCCGAGACAAAGCUUCUUUUUUCGCUUCUGAUAAAUUUGUGUUUGAAGAAAUAACCGAUAAACAUAGCACUUCUUUGUAAAUCGUAAAUCACCAACAGCCCAGUGAGUAGCCCUUGUAGUGAUUUCUGGAAGUUGUGAAGGAGACGGGGACUCCAUGACUCAGUUCCCGCUUAUUGAGAUCUCACAUGAGGUUUGAUGAAAAAUGACUUAAACAGAGACGGGACAUUUACGCCUCAAGUCCUACACUGUGUGAUCACCAAAUCUAAAAAUGACUGCACACGGCUCAAAUGAGAAAUUCAUUUCAAUGGUCUCUAAGAGAGGGAGACGUGAUGAAGAUGUCGCUGCCCUGUCAGGUUUCACCCAGAAGUUUCCUAAAAUUAUAGAAAGUUUCUCCCAUGAAGGUCUCCUCAAGCUGACAGAGUAUUACAAGCCUCAGCUAGUCUAUGUGAUUGAAUAUGACAUCACCAGCAUCCUUCAGAACAUGGUCACCAAGAACAUCCUCACCAACAGUGAGGCAAAGAUAGUUAAAGCCCAGGAACAGACUGAGGGGCGAGCAGGUGUGGAGUCCUUCAUCAACAACAUGAUGAAAAGGGACAGAGUGGUGCUGGUCAGCCUGUGGGAAGCUCUGGCUGAAGAGCUUGUGAGGUUUCCAUCACCAAACCUGACAAGAAUACUGAAGGAGGUGACAGAGGGAGGAUGUGAUCUCUUGCAGGAGAUUCAGGACCCUUUUGUUGACAUUCAUAUUAAAGACCUCUAUGAGAUACACAAAGAGAGAGUGUCUGAAUCUACAAGAAAUCUAGAGCAUCAGCCUUCUUCUGUAGAUCCACAGUCCAGAGCUGCAGACUUUGAGACUCAAUACACUGAGCUAAUGGUCAUUAAUCAGUACAGAAGAACCUAUAAUGAGACUCAUCAUGAACUUCUGAAGACUGGGAGGACUCAUGCAGAGCUGAUACAGGAGAGAACCAAAGAGAAAUGUGAGCGGGUCUGGACUGAACAGCUUUUCAGAAGGAGUCCAGGAAGUGAAAGUCCUCCCCACAUUGUAGUGGUCAGUGGAGUGGCAGGAAUUGGUAAAACCACCAUGAUCCAGAAGAUCAUGUUUGAUUGGGCUAGAGGCACACAGUACCAGAGUUUUAAAUUUGUAUUCUUGUUUAAAUUCAGAGAACUCAACCUCCUAGACAAUGCAGACGAACCACAGAUGCCUCUAUUGAGGCUGAUUGCCAGGCACUAUAAAUAUCUGAAUGACAAAAGACUGAAACAAAUCCUGAGUAAUCCUGGAUCUCUCCUUUUUAUAUUUGAUGGAUUGGAUGAGUAUAAACACAAACUAGACUUUACACAGAGGCAGAUCUGCUCAAACCCAGAUGGUUACUUCCCUGUCCACAUCCUGAUCAGCAGUCUGGUCUGCCAGACAUUACUGAAGGGCUGUUCCAUCCUGAUCACAAGCAGACCAACAGCCCUUGAGAGUCUGGACAUGGAUAGAGUUGAUCGAUUUGCAGAGAUCCUGGGGUUCUUCCCUGAACAAAGGCUGAUGUAUUUUAAGAAGUUCUUUGACAAUGCUGAUCUUGGCAGUGAGGCUUUUCAGUAUGUGGAGGAGAACACUAUCCUCUACACCAUGUGCUUCAACCCUUCAUUCUGCUGGAUUAUCUGCUCUGUGCUGAAGAGCCACUUCAUGACACCUGAAGAAGAGCGAGGAGUUGCCCCCAGAACUGUCACUGAGCUCUUUGUGAUGUUUCUUCACAACAUCCUGACCAAUCACAGGCGAGAAUCUGAGGACCAGCGGGGGAUUCUGGUCAAACUGGGAAAGAUGGCUUAUUAUGGGGUGGCCAACAAAACAUAUGUGUUUUAUGACAAGUUUGAGAUGUCUGCCUUUGGUCUUCGGCCAGAUCUAACCUGUUCAUUCCUCUCUGGAUUCCUCAAAGAAAUCCUGCAGAGCGAAAGCACCCUGGAGUACACGACAUACACAUUCUUCCACCUCACCCUACAGGAGUUUAUUGGCGCCUGCUACUUUUACCUUGAUCCAUCAGGGGACAUUGAGGAUCUGCUUUUGCAGCUGGACUCAUGUAAAGAUGGUCGGUUUGAAAUUUUCACUCACUUCCUAGUAGGACUGGCCAGGUAUUGUGUUUUUAAAACACUGGGGGAAAUCCUGGGUGACUUUCAGAGGAAGACAGCAGUGAGGAUCCUGGAAUGGCUGAAGCAGAAAGCUGAACAAGCUCUAUUGGGCAAUGAUAAAAGUGAAGCUCUGCGAGUGUGUCAAUGGCUUUCUGAGACUCAGAACAAGAAAUUAAUCAGAGAUGCUAUUGGGAAAGAUUUAAAGAUGGACUUCAGUAACACGACUUUAACUCAUAUGGACUGUGCUGUGCUGGGGUCAGUCAUAAGAUGCUGUGGAGAACUUCAGGAGCUUAACCUGUCAAAGUCAAAUCUCACUCCAGAGAGCAUCGGGAAACUGGCACCAUGUCUUACCUGCUGCAGAUGUGUCAAACUGCCAUUAUGUCAUAUCUCCUGUGGAUGUUGUGAAGCCCUCUCCAUGGUCCUCUGUAAUGAACAAUCAAACCUGACAGAGCUGCAUCUGGAAAUGCAUAAACGGAGCUGUUCAGAGCUGCACUUGGUGUGUGACGCACUCAGGAACUCAAACUGUAAAGUAAAGAAACUGAGGUUGGACAAAUGUCACCUCACCUCUGGAUGUUGUGCAGCUAUCUCUUCAGUUUUAUGUUCUAAACAUUCACAUCUGACAGAGUUAGAGGUGAACUUCAGUGAAAUGGAGCAUUCAGGAGUAUGUCUGCUGUGUGACGGUCUCAAGAACAAAAACUAUAAAUUUGAGAAACUGAGGCUGUGUCCAUGUGGUUGCACCUCUGAUUGUUGUGAGGCUCUUUCUUUGGCCGUCUGUGCUGAACAUCCACAUCUGACUGAGCUGGAACUGAAGAACAUUAAUCUGGAGGAUUCAGAAGUGCAUCAGCAUUAGUGUGGGGCUGAAAAGCAAAAACUAUAAAUUAUAGAAACUGGGUUGUGUAAAGCUUUUGUGCAUCAUUUAUGAAAAGUUUAUAGUUAUGUAUUUUAAUUCAUAAAAUAAAAACUAGUGCUGAAUUUACUUAAACUGACUAUUAAAAAUGUAUUCCUAUAUGCCUGUUGAUCUAUAAUGUGUGGCCAUUCAACCUAUCAAAUGCAUGUUAGCAUGUUAGUGUUAUUAUUAAUCGUCUUUAUCCAAUGCAGUUUUAAAAUAAUGACGAUACAUCCAAUAAUUAUGAGUGUUUAACAAUGCUGUACAAUGUUAAGAAGUGUUUAAGAACAACCUUGAAAUCAUGUCACAAUUAAUAUAUAUUCAAGUGUUUUCCAAAACCUUUCUAUAAAACUGUACUUCCAAAGCCUGAUAUAAGCUGGCAGUCUCCCUGUAUCCAGCAGGAGCAAAUGCCCCAUUGUAAUGUGGUCUUAUAGAAUUGCAGCCAUGCUAGAAACAAAUAUAUCUUUUCCUAGUCAUUAUGCAUA